UCUAAAUUUCGUUUGUGCUGGGACGAACGUCUGUCAACUCGGACGCCACCAAGGGAUGCUACAACCUUGCUCCUUGUGCAGGUCGGGGAGUAGGAAUAUAGUUUGGCAGAUCAGUCUCGGAAACCUCGCCUCGCCUGGCCAUAUCUUCCUUCGCCCCGGAAAACAUCCACUUUACCGCCUUAGUACACAAAGUCGAUCGCCACAAAAAUACUUCCAGAUCCAGAAAGAGUGUAUUCCCCCACUGUAUGUUCAAAUUCUAUAGCUCAUACCGUACCUAACAAUAUUUUAAAUGCGAAAUAUAGUGAAUCUGCACAAAGGUUCACUCAAGCCAUCAUUAACUUUUGCAUUGCAUCUUUUUAUACCUCUCAUUGAAAAGAGCAAACCAAUUUUGUCGGCAACACCCAUUAUCAAUUAGUCAUUUGUGUGUAUCUAAGCAACCAUAAUUAAAUGUCGCUGAUUGUCAAUGUCAGAUAUUUUUGAAAGCGGCGUACGAAACUCAGUUUGUAAACGAAUAACUGGUGAAACUUAUCGCUGAUCUUAAAAAUCGAGAUUUAACAGAAAAUUGGAGCCCCUAAUUGGAUAUGCGUUGCCCAUCAGUAGGGGAUGUUGUGGCAGUAGUUUGCAUGGGUACUAUCUUUGUCCUUUUAGGACUCUAUGGCUAUUACGUAAUGGUACCCGUUCUUAAAUACCUGCCUCUAUAUGUUGUUUCUGUUAUUAAAAUAACUCACGAUAUAUUUUCAAAGGAACCGUUGAGAACUUUCGACUCAAUGCUGUUGCCAUAUAUGUUCCAUCCAAAGGUAAAUGAAAAAACCUAUGCCACAAAGAACCUACUUUCCUGCCCAAAGAAAGGUAAAUAUGUUCAGCUUGUGGUAGUGAUUCCAUCGGCACCAUAUCGCGAAAGUGCUCGCAUGUCCAUAAGACAGACAUGGGGACGCUUUGGAAUUAGAAAAGAUAUAUCGAUAUUUUUCUUAAUUGGCAAAACGUAUACUAAAAAAACUGAGAAAAACGUCGAUAAGGAAUCGCGCCUAUAUAAAGACAUUUUGAUGGGAAAUUUUCACGACAAAUAUGAAAACUUGCCCCUUAAAAGUGUAACUAUGUUAAGAUGGGUAAGGGAUCACUGUCCGUCAGCCAAAUAUCUACUGAAAAGCGAUGACGAUGUGUUUGUUAAUAUACCACGUUUGCUUAAAUUUAUAAAAAAAUUAAACCCAAAGAAACGGGCCAUUUAUGGUCGUAUACACAAAAACGCCAAACCCGUUCGCAAUCCUAAAGGAAAGCAUUACUUACCCUAUAAGGAAUACAAAGACAAAUUAUUACCGGACUUUGCCAACGGACCGGCUUACCUGAUACCUGUCUCUGUGGUAGAUGAAUUAUAUCAAGCUACGUUGUACCACCAAAUAAUUAGACUGGAAGAUGUGUUCUUGACUGGCAUAGUAGCCGGUAAUCUAGGCAUUGAAAGAAUUAACAAUUACGAAUUUCGAUCUGAGAUUACCAAUUUGUGGUGCCUUCUUCAAAGAUCUAUUUCGAUUCACAAGGUUCCUGAACUCAAGCUAUAUGAAUAUUGGGAAGAAACUUUUUAUGCCAAAAAAAUGUGCGACAGAUUCAACUAA